AUGUCAACAGAGACAGAACUUCAGGCAGGCGUCAAACCCACGGUGAGAAAGGAGUCCAAGCGGAGAGGUCAGGAUCGGAGUGAACAGGCGCUGAUUAAGCGCUUCAGGGGUGAUGGUGUACGUUACAAGGCCAAGUUGAUUGGGAUGGAUGAGGUGUCAGCUGCACGUGGAGACAAACUGUGCCAGGACUCCAUGAUGAAACUGAAGGGAAUUGCUGCCUCGGCACGAUCAAAGGGUGAGCACAAACAGAGAGUGUUCGUUACUGUCUCCUUCGGCGGAAUCAAGAUUUAUGAUGAAAGAUCAGGGGUUCUCCAACACCACCACGCAGUGCAUGAGAUCUCCUAUAUCGCAAAAGACACCAGGGACCAUCGCGCCUUUGGCUACGUCUGCGGGAAGGAGGGAAACCACAAGUUUGUGGCCAUUAAGACAGGCCACUCUGCGGAACCUCUUAUCCUUGAUCUGCGCGACCUCUUCACCCUCAUCUAUGACAUUAAGCAAAGGGAGGAAGUGGAGAAAAAAGCACAGAAAGAAAAACAGUGUGAACAGGCUGUCUACCAGACGAUUGUGGAAGACGAUGCUGAUGACCCAGUGUAUCAGUACAUUGUGUUUGAAGCUGGACACGAGCCCCUCCGUGGCCUCCAAUCAGAGGAGAGCAUUUACCAGGUCCCCACCAGUCAGCAGAAAGAAGGAAUCUAUGACGUUCCAAAACGCCAUCUUUUGACUAACAUCAACCAGUUUGACCUUUUUGGGGACAUGGCAACUCCUCCUGACAUCCUAUCUAUGCCAGCAUCACCUGCUAACACACUAGACCCAAGACGGAGGAGACGGCAGCACCCUCCUGAACUCCUGACCCACUUCAGUCCGCCAGCUGUUCCCUCAGGGUACAUGACCAUGGGGGCUGUUCAGGCAGCACAGUGGGCUCAGCAGGCGACCCCUCUGGCGUUCGGCGUUCCAGGGCCGUUGCAGGUGGCUCAGGUGCUGCCUGGGGCCACUCCGCUCAUCUGGAGCCAGGCCCCUCUGUUCCACACCACCGCUCCCUCUGGGCAACAGCAGUGGGCCUUUGUACCAGCUCAGACCGUUGGUGUCGGAGGGCACGCCAUCCCUCCGGCCGUGCUUCAGGGUCUGGUUCCCAUUGCAACCAUGCGACCUCGCUCCUGCGAGCCAUCUGCGCCAACAUCAACAGUGGCCAGUCCUCAGCACACGCUGGACCCGGCUCUGCAGUCAAACAAAAACAGCGGUGAGGACCCACGUGUGGCAGAGGUAGAGGUGGGCAUGACGUUACCGCAUGGCCCAAUGGGAGAACAGCCUGGAAUGACGAGCACUUCGCACGUCCAUACAACUGCCAAUGUGCAACCAGGUGGCACACAGGAAGGAGAAGACUGCUGUAGCGAACUUGACCUCUCACAGAUGACCUUGACUCCAGGGUCAUCCACAUCACUGUCGACUACUGAUUCCUCCGCCACUCCUGCCCCCCAGCUCAGUUCCCCUGCCCAGACCCCUCCCUUUGUGGGCACUGACAUGGCUGCCAGCUUAUCACCCUCAGUAACAGAGCCCAGCUCCCACCACAAUCAAGAGGAACAAGCUGCUACCCCUGAGGUACUCUCCUGA